AUGACAAAAUUAGUCGCUUGUGCCGAAAGAAAAAGAGAUAGACUUAAGAGAGCGUUACAUGAGUCUAACGAAAAGUUAGCUUCUAAAUUACACCAAUUGAAGCUCCGACUCAGCAGGGAGGACAAAAAUAAUUUCGCCAAAGUAUUAACUACACGAUACUCAACGCAUACAAUUAACGAUGAUCAAUUCAAUACAAAACCUGGCGAUUUUGAGCAAUCUUCCGUUUUAUUUCGUGACAAAAAACCUAAGAAACGUAUGCUCCAUUGGUUUCUUGACUUCAAAACGAGAACAAAUAAUGGGGUGCUCUCGAAUGACAAGGCGACCGUAAAUGGUAAUCUGAAGGCUCAAGUAUAUGAUGCAGUGAUGUAUGAUGGUACAUUAGUUAUUGAAAAUCAAUCCAAUCCCAUACCCCAAUUCGUUGAGCCAAUUCCGUGGGACAUAUCCAUGAAGAGAGAGACAAUUACGAAUUGUGACCCCGCUUCCAUAGUUGAAUCAUCUUCAAUAUACUCUCAACGAGAUGUUUAUUUGACUGAAAAAUCACUUCUUUCUGUCGGAAGACUUUCAGCAUGUAUCGGCAAGCCCCAUACGUUUUCUGGUUUUCUUACAACAGCUGAUCGUUCGAUUAGUGAUGUUCUACAAACGAAUGACGAACACAUUUUGCCGACUAACAUCACGAUUACGGAAGAAGAAUGGUUAGCCAACAUAAGAUGCUCGAACUCUGACCCACUUAUUACAUCAUCAUUUAUUAGUGAGUUGAAAGAGAACACUCACAUGCUGAAAACGGUAAACUGUAAUUCACAUCGUCCGGUACUUAAAGAUAUUAUUCAUGACAGUGAAACAUAUUCGAAAUAUUCAACUAAUAGUAACGAUUAUCAAAUAAGCAUGACCAAUAUUCAACUUGAAAAGGAUAACAAUAACAGGUUGCUAGAUUACUGA